AUGGACGAUCCAGUCAAAGACAUCACCCCGAUCAUACAUCGUCUUACCCAAGGCUCCCCUCAGCAACAAGAAGACACCAUCAACUACUACUUUGCCGAGAAUGCGAGCUUCACGCACCCGUUUUGCCGCACAGGGAGCUUUGAGGGCAGCCGAUAUUUAAUCCACAAGAUCUUCCAAUGGUACAAGAUUAUGAGCCCUCAGAUCGACCUCACCGUGAACUCUGUGGCCUUUGACGAGCAACACUUCGUACUCUAUGUCAACAUAUCUCAAGUCUUCUCCAUCUGGUUUGUUCCCUUCCAUCGGAGUCCUGUCACCCUCACCACCCAGCUCCAACUCGUACGACGGCCAGCGGAGCCUCGCAAAUACUAUAUCCAGUCACAGAACGAUCUCUACCAAGUCGAUCAGUUUGUCAAAUUCUUCGCGCCUUGGGACAUUGGUACCACAAUUGUGAUCCUUUGGCACUUCUGGGCAACAUUCUUUUGUGUCAUCGGGGCGCAUUUGGGUCGUCCUUUUACG